AUGGUCACUACUUCUCCUAACCUCAAAUCCUUUCAUAGACCUCCACAGGGGACUGAAAAUGCACAUUAUUCAGUUUUUUUCUUAGUCCCUAAGUUUUUUAUCUACUAUUACUUACUAGUGCUACGUCUUUUGACCAGGUAUGCUAUUGUCGAGGAAUUGGCAAGUCUGGGAGCUACUGUACAUACAUGCUCUCGAAAUGAGACCCAACUCAAUGAAUGUUUACAUGAGUGGAAGAUGAAGGGAUUUGGAGUCACUGGUUCAGUCAGUGAUGUAGUAUCUCGAACCCAACGAGAGGAGCUAAUGAGCAGAGUCUCCUCUAUCUUUAAUGGCAAACUCAACAUCCUUAUUAACAAUGUGGGAACGAACAUAUCGAAACCAACGUCGGAGUACACAGUUGAAGAUUUCUCAUUUCUAAUGUCUACCAAUUUUGAAUCUGCUUAUCACUUUAGCCAACUUGCUUAUCCUCUUCUGAAAGCUUCGGGAGCAGGAAGCGUUGUUUUCGUUUCUUCAGUUGCUGGUGUAGUUUCCUUAAAUAUUGGACUAUCUAUAUAUAGUGCAACUAAAGGAGCAAUGAAUCAACUUGCAAAAAAUUUGGCAUGUGAAUGGGCAAAGGACAACAUUAGGAUUAACUCUGUUGCACCAUGGUUUAUCAAAACCCCCCUUGCUGAUACGUAUCUAUGCAAUGAAAAAUUUUUGGAGGCUGUUAUCUCUCAAACCCCUCUUGGACGUAUUGGAGAGCCAAAGGAGGUUUCUUCCUUGGUGGCAUUCCUUUGCCUUCCGGUAUCUUCUUACAUAACUGGUCAGACUAUUUGUGUUGAUGGAGGGGCUACUGUGAAUGGCUUCAGCUUCCCAUGAGCAAUAGAAAAUGAUGUUAAGACACACCUCAUUGGAAGAUGUUUUGGUGUACUACAUCAAGGCACGUUUGUAAACCUAUGAAUAAAUGCACGGCUACAAACUAUUGUUAAGCAAAGAAAUAAAUUAAUAUAGUUAACUAGUUGUGUUCAUAAUUGAAAAAAAGAAAAAGAAAAAAAGAAGGGUAUGUUGUAAUUAAGUGGGAUGCACAAACUUUUCUCUCCUUGGCAUUUUCUGAAAUUAUUGUGUGGUAUUUCCAUCUAAACUCUUAUCUUGUAUUCUUAAAUUUAUAAAUACAAAGCAUAUAUGUUCCAAGA